AUGGGGAAGAAUGAUAAACAAGAUGAGCUUUGGGACGAUUCUGCUCUAAUUAACGCCUUCAAUGAUGCCAUUUCCAAGUAUAUGAAAAUGCAUGUAACUGGAAGUGAGAAUUUAUCGGCCGAUGAAGGUAAAGGCAUCUACAGCAUAGAGGAGGAAAGCAUUUCUGCUCUUGUAGAUGAAACCAAUGAUAAGAGAAGGCAUGUUGACACAAAUGAAGAGAGCACAACUUUAACUUCUGCUGAAAAUGAAGAGAACCAUUACUGCUCAACUGUGCCAGAGGCAUCCAACUUAGAACAAGCUACAGAAAACCAUGUUGAUUCAUCUGCAGGACCGUACAUCAAUCAGGAGCAUAGUGGUUAUCCGCUUUCAGGAAAUACAGAAGAUUACAACCAUUUGGUAAACAAGUACUAUGAACUUGAGGACCAAAGGCAAAAGAUUCUUCAGCAACUUAACCAGCUUGGUUACUGGAAUAAUACUUCUGGCCCAACUACUGUCACCUCGCAAGAACUUCAAGCCUCCCAAGCUUAUCCGGCUGCUACUUGUUCUCUCUGUCCUUAUGGCUGUCAAAGCUGGGUCACGCCUUGCAAUUCAUCAUCCUGUUAUUGUGUGGGUGGAACUUCUGUUUCAACAUGUAACAACGCCCCAGCGGAAAUUGCUUCCGCUAAAAACGUGGUAUCCACUGGAGAUACUGAUUUUGUGAAAACAGCAAUGGUUGCUGCAGAAAAAGCGCUCACUUCCUUGAAGAAUCGAGAUUACAUUAAUCCUAGUAGUUAUGAUAAUGAAGGCAAAGAAAAACAAUUAGAGACUGGCUGCAAUCAUGCAGAGAAAAGUACCAGCUCUGAAACAGAUCUUACAGUGGUUUUAAAUGCUUGGUAUUCUGCUGGUUUCUACACUGGAAAGUAUCUCUCCGAGCAGUCUUCCGCAGCUAGCCAACGUCGAUGA